AUGCCAUACAACAACACCCCCAUCCAACCCACCAAGGAAGUCACAGGCACCGUCUCACUCCCACUGGCCCGCGUGAAGAAAAUCAUCAAUGUAGACGACGACGUAGGCAACUGCAGCAACAACGCCGCCUUCGUCAUCACCGCCGCCACGGAAAUGUUCCUACAAUACCUUGUUGAGCAGAGCUAUAACAUCGUCAAGUCGGAACGGAAGCCGAGGAGGAAUAUUCAAUAUCGGGAUGUUGCCAACGCAGUCGCCCGCGUAGAAAACCUCGAGUUCCUCGCCGAUGUCGUGCCCAAGACUACGACGUUCAAGGCUUUCAAGCAACGGCAGGCCAAGGAUGUCACUAACACUACUACCGCUACUGAAGGGGAGGCGAACGGCGAAUUAGCUAAUGGGCAAGGGACACUGGACGGGCAUAUGAACGCUGGGAAGGGAGUUGUUAGCGCAGGAGAGGAGCAGGCGGUGAAUGGGGCUAGUGCUGGUCAUGAGGCUAUGGAUGUCGACGCCGCGAAUGGUCAUAGGCAGGCAGGUCAGGGGGCUGGAGUAGUGGAGAGCUCGAAGGAUGUCCUUGGUGUGGAAGGUGACAAGGUGGGACGGGGUGAGGACGAGGAUAUGUCUGAUGAUUGA